AUGACUGUAGUGGAAUACUAUGAAGAUUACAUAGCUGUGUUAAUGUGGAAAGAUGUUUACAAUAGUCUGCACCUGGACCCUGAGUGGCCAAGACCGUCCACUUCCAGGCGUGGUGCUCUCGGGCACCAGCAUCCUCAACCGAAGGAGGCGCGGGUGGCAGCAGCGCAUCGGUGCGCUGGGGAAAACAGGGAGUGGGCGGGAGACCACGGACACCACCGCCCGGACUAUAAACCGACACCGGGCAGCUCCCCGCCUGGGAGCGUGCGUUCCAGCCGGAGAAGCCGGGCGGUCGGAAGCACCCCGACUGCGUGCAGGGGUGCGUGGGGCGCCCGGGGCGCCGCUCCCGCGCUGACAGGCCGGGCCCACGGGGAAACGGAGGCCCGCCGGGUCCCCGGGAGCCCGGCUCGCGGAGCGAGCAGCUCUUGGCAGAAGUCCCUCGGAGAUGAAACCGGAAGUCCCACCCCUCCCCAAGAGGAAAACGGAAAGCCGAAGGAGUCAACCGAAGGAAGGGGAGACGCGCGUCAGGCUGAGAGCCUGGCGGCGUGUGACCGGGAAGGCCACCUGGGACUUCCAGCGGCUCCCCGAGCGGGUAACCCCCGGGCGAUCCCGCCUCCUCCCUCUCCAUCUCUCCUCACUCCACCCCUUCGCCCGCCCGCGAUGAGAAAAAUGAAGCUCAAAGAAGUGACGUAUUAUUCCCUAGUUCUGCCUGUACUGGCUAACUUUGGUGACUGUUUGCCUCUCUGAUGUCCCACGCUUACUCUCCCACACACACUGCUCCUGCUAAUCUGGCCCUGUGGCCAGGAUGUAGUCCCAGUAAAGAGACUCCCUGGCAAGAGGGAGAUGCUGCACAGACAAGGCGCCAGAACUUCACUCCCACAUCGUCUCCAUAUCAAAGCAGCAUUUUCAAACACACAGAGAAUGUUGAGAAACAUUGAAUAUGUCUGUUUGUCUCAUAUCAAAGAGGCCUAUCAGUAUCAGGAGUUACAGUUUAGUUAGCCUAAAUAUAAAACCUGUUUUAAUGAGAACUAUAUACAUUUUAUGUCUAAUUAGCCAAUUAAUUUGCUAUUCCUGCAUGAAAUUUACAAAACUUGCUAAGAGAAAAAUUUAGAAUGGAGAUGCCUAAUAGGAACUGAAUUAAACUAUCGUGGUUUAAACACAAAGUGGUCUGGGGUGGUGAACAUGAAGUAAUCUACACAGAAUUUGAAGUAUAUUACGAUGUACACCUGAAAUUUAUACAAUGUUAUAAACCAAUGCUACUGCAAUUAAAAAAAAUUUUUUUUAAACAAAGUGUUACAGCUUUUUUAACUCUAUGAAUGCACCAGUCGGGAAAGACUAAGCAACACUGUGUUAACAACCAUCCCAGAUCUCUCCCAAGUCUAUUCCCACCUCAAGUCUAGCACGAUAUUGCUGGACACUGCACUCCCUGACACCCCCCCAUGGGACCCGCGCUCUUGGAACCUCCACUUUGUGGGUUAGAGGGAGAGCGGACACUGACUCUCGUGCGGGUUCUGAAAGCUUCAGCACAGAAGUAAAAUAGUUCUCACCUAUUCACAUUUCAUUGGCCAAGGCAACUCACGUGGCCACACCCAACUUCAGAGGGGUGAGAAGUUCGCUCCUGGCAUGUGCCAUGGAGAAAUGAAAACGUGAAGGGAUUAAUGACAGUCUAUAGAGAAAAACAGACUGAAUCAAAUAGACACGAUGUCUUGUUUCAUCAUUUACUACUAUUUUGUUAACCUUCUGAACCUGAGUUUUUCUUAUCAGUAAAAUGGUAAUAAUAAUUGUGAUAAUAUCUACUUCAAAGACUGUAAAUUACAAGAUCAUUAAUGUAAA